AUGCGCAGUAAGCGGCCGCCGCGGCGGCCAAAAGGGCAGGCGGGCCGCUUGGUUUGGGCGAGGGCGUGGCAUAAAACGCCGGUCUCGCGGGCGUCAGGCGCCGUUCGUGCGUGCUUGCGUCAAGCUUGGCGGCGGCGGCGGCGGCGGCGGCGGCCGCGGCGUCUUCUUUUUCCUCCUCCUGCUGCUGCUGCUGCUGCUGCGGAGCCUCCGGAGGAAAAGGGCGGUCGACGCCGAGCGAGGAGCUGCGCCCCGGCCGAGAGGCGCCCCUUCCUGCCCAGCCGCCCGGGUGAGUCCCACGCCCCACACCCCCCUCCCGGAGGGCCGGGUUGCCAUGGGAACCGCUCCUCGCUGCCCUGGGCGGGGGCCGGGACACCCGCUUCCCCCUGCGGGCGGGGGGCCUCGGGGGGACCUGCCGCCCUCGCCCCUCCGGCGGCCCCUCAGAGGAGCCGGGCUGGGAGGGUCGCCCAGGGGUCAUCUAGUCCAGCCCUCCCUCUCUCCUUGCCCAGGAACUAAAGGGGAGGCUGCUCUUCCCUCCCUCCCUCCCUCACCCCCCACCCGCAGCCCCAAUGGCCAUUGCGCCCCGGCGCCGGCCUUUCCGGGGGGCCCUGCAGCCGAGUUGCGGGUCAGCUGCUGCUGCUGCUGCUUCUGCUGCUCCGCUUGGUCGUUCGCUGAGGUUGACCGCGCACUUUUCUCUUCCAGGGGGCUCGACGCCAAGUACAAGGUUCCUCUCCCGCUCUUCGCAGGAGCCUUGUGAGAUGGGUCUGCAAGGGGAAGGGGCUGCUGGGCGUGGGGCGGGGAGCGGUGCAAGGUCAGUCAGCUACUAAGUCCCACCUGGGCGGAGGUGGGCCCACGUGUCCUAAGUCUUCGUGUCUACACCUGGGCGCUCUAGGCCUAAACUCGCGGUUUGGAGAUGGGACUGACUUACAGGGAAACUGCAUUGAGGUCGCUGGGGCUUACACCCAAGCAAACCUGUACUGAAUUCCACCGACACAUGCACAUGCACAAGCAGAAUAUCUGACGAGUAGAGCUGUUGCGUUAAGCACCUGUUCUUGGAAGGAAAACCCAUAGCAUUCAGUGAGACUUAUUCCUUGAUACCAUGCAUUGCCUUGCUGGCUUCAUAAGGAUGUCAUCGUAAAAACAAGAGUUCAUGUGUUUGUAAUACAGCAAUGCUUCAGAAUUCCAGUAGAUGGAAACCACAGGAGGUGGAGAGCGCUUUUAUGCUAGAAUCCUGGUUACAGGUUUCCCACAGGCAUCUGGUUGGCCGCCGUGAGAACAGGAUGCUGGACUAGAUGAGCCUUUCGCCUGAUUCAUAGAAUCACCAAAUUGUAGAGUUGAAGGGGACUCCUGAAGGUCAUCUAAUGCAGCCUGCUGCAACGAUUCAGCAGGCUCUUAUGUUCACAAUAGCUUCAUUGUUAGCUGCACUAAGCUAGCACAUUUUCAGAUGCCCAGGGUUUUGUGUGUUAUUCAGUUGUCCUUGCCCUGCACGGCCAGUUGGUUUCCCCCUUGUUGCAAAUCUGAGUGUUAGGGCACAAUGGUUUGCUUUAAGCUGCCCACCCAUGUAUGUUUACCUGGGAAUAAGUCCUGAGAUGUUCAAUGUAGUUUACUUUCUAGUAGAUACUCAGGAUUGCAGCCCUAAUGAGUUUGUGGCUGAGGUGAGAUGAAUGUGGGACUUCCAGCUCUUAAAAUGUGCCUGCUGUCUCUGCUGUAGAAGGGUUGGGAAGGGCUGCAGCUUUGCAGUAUAGCUUCUGCUUUGUAUGCAGAAAGUUCUAGGUUCAAGUCCCAACAACUCUGGGUAUGAUUGGGAAACAUUCCAUGUCUGCAGCACUGGAUGGAUGCUGCCAAUCAUUAUAGACAGCACUGAGCUGCUAAAGGCAUCAAGGAUCUAACUGUACAAGGCAGCUUUCCUAUGCCUGCCAUUACAAGUUAUCCUAUUGCCCUCUGCCAGCCAGCCACUAUAGGAAUGAGUGUUUAGAAACUGGUGCCUGAGUUUUUGUUGUUAUUUUCCUCUUCCCUUCCCAUUCUUCUUCCCUUGUAUAUCGCGUUUUUUAAGAUUCCAAGCCUGGUACUAUGGACUGCCUUGUUUUGGUUGUAUGUUAGCUGCUCUUUGACUAAAGAUUGGGGUACAAAUUCAAUAAUAAAUCCUCUCCUGGUUUCAGGCAUAGUCUAUUGGAAGUGCAUUUAUCUGUAAAAAAAAGGUACAGCAAGGAGUUUGGUGAGAAGCUGUUGCUGUAGUAACAUUUCUAUCUGGGCACAUAGUGUCCCAUGUUGGUUGUGGACCAGGGGAGUUCUGUUGAAAUGAAUUUUUCUGAUCACCCUGCCUGUUUCUCUUUUCAUUUCAGUAUUGCUUUCCUGUAGCUAUGGUGUGUUUGCAGAGCAGUCAGGAGGAGAGACAAGUACAUUUCCUGAGAUCUUGAAAAAUAUGUAUGGAUAUGAAUAGCUGCCCAGUAGGCAACAUGAAACAUACACAUCCAGUUCCAUAUGAAACUUCUUAAUGUUCUCUAUAGCCUCUUCACAUUUGGGUUUUGUUUCGCUGGCCUUUGGUAGAAGACAAACACCUUUGGAGAGCUUUGACCAAGUGUCACCGAUUCUCUGAACAUUGAGUCUUGAGUAAUUGUCUUGCUUCAUCUUGAAUAACUAAAAGCUCAUUCCUUAUGGGACUGACAGUAGUUGUCACUUGUAUUAAAUUCUCGUAAUGUGUAAAACUUGAAAGGGGCUUUUUAUAUAGAGAGAUGUUUGGUUCCCAGGCCAUCUCCUAAAACUUUAAAAAAUCAAGCUUUUGUCAUCUGCCUCCACCUCCCCAAACCUCUGGGAGAAAUUUCUUGGUUUGAUAUGCACACAGGUAUUGGUGAGAGCAGUUAGAAUGCUUGUACUAUUCUGUCUUAAGUUCCGUCAAAAUGUGAGUAUCCCAUUAGAAUAUGCCUUACUCAAACUCAAGGGUGUACUAUGUUGUGCUCAGCUGAUGAUCUUAGCUGGGUGGAUUUAGCAAACAAAUAAUGGAAGGUAGCAGUUCCCUAAAAUAUAUUGUACCAACGCCAUUUAGGGACUUCAAGGUUGAAUUGUGCCUGACUGACAAUGGAGAACAAGCACAUAUGUUGAGGAGCUGGCACAGAGUGUGCCUGGCUAAUGCCAUUGUCAAUUGUAUGUACACAGCAGAAGUGGAAAAAGCACAGGUGCUUAUUUGCCUGCUUUGGAUAUCUGUAGCGCUCUGGCUUGUGAUUUGUGGCUCCCAUUGCUGAUUCACCCAAUAAAUACACCCCAAGUGUUUGAGACCCAUUGCAUAUAAUUGUUUUGGGUGUGCAAAUAAAAAUUCUGCACAUACUUAUGAAGAUAUAAAAGCAUACCAGUGGGCAAUGGGUGUCUGCCAGCUUGUCUAUCAAAAGGAUGAACAUGUUAGCUGGGAUUGACCAAAGUUCCCUGUUGAGUGCACUGUAACAAAACUAGGGUUUCUGUUGCACAAAUAUCUUUAAGUGGCAACACAGUUUUAAAGUCUACUAUUUUUACAUAGGGCUGGAAGCCUAAAUCAAUGUGAUUUCCAUUUACUGCUUUGAAUCUGACUAUUAAUCUUUUCCUACAAACACACACACACAGCAGAAUCCAGGUCAAGUUAAGCACUUCUAUUCUCUAUUUUCUAGUAUUUUGUUACAGGGCUUUAAAGGGGAAUGCCAUAGUAUUCACAGUUGGCACCAUGGAUGCUAACCCUUUUCAGACACAUUCUUGGAGCAUUAAUUUGCAGUCCCAAAAAGAAUUUUGCCAUUUGUUCCAUAGUUACUUUGUUUACAUUUCUGAAAGCCAAGCAUAAACAUUUCCAGUGAUCAAUUUCAGAAAUAAUGCUAGUGCCACAAUUUUUUUCAGUCCAAAAGCACCUGCUCAUUUGCCUACAUUCCUCUUUGUAUGUUGCUACUGCAUUACUUCUCAGUUGCAAGAUUUCUUGCAAACCCAGGAAAUCCUAAGCAUGUUUUUGUUAUAACGUAAAUGUGAAGUAUACCCAAUCAUACUAAAAUGUUUGGCCGUUUUGAGACCUCUGAAGCCCUGUCCUCUUGGAGCAAUGACAGGCUAGGACUUGACUCUAACAGCUAAAUGGAGCAUGAAGACCAGCUCUUGAAUUUCCCUCCUUUCCAUGGCUUAGGUGACAUCACUGCUGCUUUUCCUCCUUUAAAUAGCCUGCUGGUUGAAGCUUUUUUUGAGCCAGCCUUUCCCCGCAUGCCUUAGAAAUGAGCCAUUUAGAAAAGUGCAGUGGGGCCACAAGAAGGGCUUAAGACACAAUAGGCAUUUAUAGGGGGAAAUGGUCACAUUUCUAUCUUUGUUUGUACCCAUAAAGCCAUGCUAUGGAGAAAUAAAGCCUUGAAUAUUGUUUUGAAAGGAGGUGGGGUUCCCUCCCCAGUUUUAUUCUGCUAAAUACAUCAUGGUAGUUAUCAAACCUUCAUAAAGAAUCCACUAGAACAUAUUGGUGAUGCUUAAGGCCCUGAUUCAGUAAACAUACAUGUUUGAUUCCUGAGUAGUCUUGCAAGUAAGAAGUUGGGAUUCUGGGUUGGCAAAUUAAGUAUCUUUGGAAUGCAUUUAUAGGCAGUGGCAACCUUUAGUCUGAAACCAUUGUGUUGCUACUGUUGAUGUUUCUGGAAGAAACUUUUAUGCUGUGUAAAGUGGCAUGUGACUUCUGUUAUUAGCUGGGAAAUUGUCAGAAGAGUUUCCAGUUCAGGAAUGUGUGUACAUAUUCAGAUUUCUAUGGUGCAUUGACUUUUUAAAGUUGGUGGUUCCUGUUCAGUUGGUGUUUUUUUCAGAUUAUAUUGCAGGAAAGCUUGAACUAAAACUGGAUUUUAAAGAGAAAAACAUUGUAGGCCAUAAACAUAGGAAACCACCUCAUACAAAGUCAUCCCACUGGUCUGUUUAGCUCAGUACUAUGUACACUGAUCAUAGCAUCACUCCAAGACUUCAGAGAGCAACAUAUCCUAGUCCUACUUGAAUAUGCCAGGAGAUUGAACCUGGGGCCUUUUUUGCAUGUAAAGCUGAUGCUCUACCUCCACUGAGCUCCAGCAUCUCCCCAUAAAUCAAGGACAGUGUUGUGAGGACAAGUAAGGCAACUAUAUUGCAAAGGCCAGUGAAUACAGCAGACUUCCCCAACUUGGUGUCCUCCAGAUACAGUGGUGCCCCGCAAGACGAAUGCCUCGCAAGACGGAAAACCCGCUAGACGAAAGGGUUUUCCGUUUUUGAGUUGCUUCGCAGGACGAAUUUCCCUAUGGGCUUGCUUCGCAAGACGAAAAUGUCUUGCAAGUCUUGAGAUUUUUUUCGCUUUCGCCCCUUUAUCUAAUCUGCUAAGCCUUUAAUAGCCUUUUAGCAGCUAAUCCCUAAGCCUUUAAGCCUUUAAUAGCCGCUAAACCGCUAAUAGCGCUAAUCCGUUAAGCCGCUAAUAGGGUUGCUUCGCAAGACGAAAAAACCGCUAGACGAAGACUCUCGCGGAACGGAUUAAUUUCGUCUUGCGAGGCACCACUGUAUUUGAAACUUUCUUCAGAAGGAGUGCAUUGCUACUGUUGCUUUUAUACAAGGGAAGGUUAAGGAGGUCACUCUGAGGGAUGGGCAUGAGCCAGUAGUGAGGAACCUGUGGUCCUCCAGAUGUUGCUGGACCAUUUCUGGCAACGCCAGUUGGCAUGGUCAGUAGCCAGGGAUCAUGAGGUGGAGGAGGAGUCCAAUGAUGUCUGGAGGACCACAGGUUCCAUGCCACUGCCUAACUGUUUACUGCCGUGGUGGCACCAACCAAUCAGAAAUGGAUCUGUGUCUAUCUGCAUAACCGAGGCAUUUAUUGAUUACACUAGAGUGCAACAAGGAUUGUUCUCGAAGGUUCAAAGUGGUUUAGACUAAUAUUUAAGUUUUCAUUUAAAAAAAUCUCAAAAGAAUGGAAAAUUUUAUUGCAUUCUGAACAAGGGUAGUCAAACAUCUCAUUCUAGAAAGUUUUGCUUGAUUUUUAUAAAUGUCAAACAGUGUUAGAAUUAUGAUACUUUGAAGAUUAAAGGCACUAACAAACUAAAUUUUAAGUAAAAAGCACAAACUUAGCAACAGUUCUGUUAGUUUCAUUAGAUGCCUUAGAAAUUGUUAUGUUGGAAGCUGAAGUAUUUUAUUAAAUUUCUUGCCUCAUCUUGCAUUUUGCUGUGCUUGCAUUUCUGAAGUGUGAAAAUACUCAGUAUUCAUUUUAAAAUAUGAUACUGAUUGUAAGCCUGGGGGGCAUGUUUUGAAAGGCCCAAUAUAAACCCUUCAACAAUAAAUAAAUAAAUAAAUUUUUUUGUUCUUCUGUUAGCCUGUAUUUUUGGUAAUGAGCUGAGCUCCUGUUACUGGGUCAACAAAUGACCACAUAUAUUGUGACGAAAUAGGGACGCGCGUGGCGCUGUGGGUAAAACCUCAGUGCCUAGGACUUGCCGAUCGUAUGGUCGGCGGUUUGAAUCCCCGCGGCGGGGUGAGCUCCCGUCAUUCGGUCCCAGCUCCUGCCCACCUAGCAGUUCGAAAACACCCUUAAGUGCAAGUAGAUAAAUAGGUAUCGCUUUAUAGAGGGAAGGUAAAUGGCGUUUCCGUGUGCUGCGCUGGUGCCGGCUCGCCAGAGCAGCUUCAUCAUGCUGGCCACGUGACCCAGAAGUGUCUGCGGACAGCGCUGGCUCCCGGCCUCUAGAGUGAGAUGAGCGCACAACCCUAGAGUCGGACACGACUGGCCCGUAUGGGCAGGGGUACCUUUACCUUUAUUGUGACGAAAUAAAAGUAGUAAGGGUGACAUGUUUUGCCAGAGCUGGCAAAAAAAUCACUUCAGUCAUUUGCCACAAAACUAGUUAUCACUCCCUAGAAAUUUAACAUACUUUUUCCAGCUCCAAAAUGUUCAGUUAUUUUGUGGAUAUGUAGAGAGGUGGAGAAACAUGUACACCAAUGGUUCCCAAUUAUCUAAGUACUGUGGACCCGUUUUUCUAAAGCCAAGCUUUUGAAAAUUUUGAUAUCUCUAUGGUAGUUUUUGUUAUAUGAAUGGUGCUAUGGACCCCCUGGGUGGGUUACGGACCCCCAGUUGGGAACCACUGAUGUACACCACCUGGAGGAGUAGUGGGAUAUAACUGAAGAAGAUGGUGGUGGUAAUAUGUUUGAAGUCAUCCCAUCUCAAAAAGGAUACAUUAGAGCUGAGAAAAGGCAACCAAAAUUAUUAUGAAGCUAAACCCACUCUGCUAAAAGGAAAGGUUCCAAAAUCUGAUGCUUUCCACAUUUGGGGGGGGGGGGGCACCCGGCCAUGAUGCUGUGGGGAAAGUGAGUGGUGGUUGUCAUUGUUAUCUGCACCUGUCAUAAUACUAGAAUAAUACUAAUAAUACUAGGCUGGAGCAUCAUAAUACAUAAUACUAUACAUAACACUAGACUGGAGCAUCAAAAGAAGCUGAUUCAGGCUAGACAAAGAAGCACCAGUUCUUAGCAUCUGUCUCAAGAGACAAUAAAGUGUGCCUCCAGGAGUGAAGUCAAUCUGCUAUGUUAGUAGCACUGAAGUGACCUUCCCAGGCACAAACCUGGGCAGUGGACAUGGAGAUCCUGGGCUGCCCAGACGACAAGACACACACACACACACACACCCCGGCCUCACUGAUGUGGUCCAAAGGAAAGCAGAGCAAUACAUUGCACAAGCUGCCACAAGCUGUGGUGUUGAUGGCCUUAAAACAGGGUUAGAGAAAAUAAUGGAGCAUUGUGUCAAAGGCUUAUUAGCCCUGGUGGCUACAAGGACUGCCCAUGUCCAUAUGCAGGAUGCCACUGGACCUUGUUGCAGGGGAGCAACAAUGAGAGGGCAGUUGGCUUCAAGCCCCAGCUGUAGGGUUCCUGGAAUGAUCUGCCCAGCCAUUGUGAGAAGCAGGAUGUUGGAUGAGGUAGGCUCUUGGUAUGAUGCAACAAAGAAGUUACUUUAUUUGGUGGGGGGAAUAAAACGUGUGUGUGUGCGCGCACACAUGCAUGUGCACAUACAGCUUCUGGAUGUUGCUGCAAAGAAUGGUUGACAUUCUGUGUUCUUCACAUGAUUACAAGUGUGAUGUCAAGACCAGAACCACAUGCACAGCUUCCGAAGACCAGAGUGUUACCUGCUCAGUGGCAUAGCGCUGUGCUGUUAGUGCUUGUGUGGUUCAUUCAGUCUUCUGGCCAAAACUCCUGUAGCUCUUUGCACAUACAUGAGAAAGCUAUGCAUGCCAUAGUGCUGAUCUGUAUCAUACUGCACAAGUUUAUGAGUUUGUAGCUGCAUGCGUGACUCUCAAUGAGGCAAUGGCAGAUGUCCUGGUCACUUGGAGGCUUCUAAUAUUCUUAUUUUAGAAUGAUUGGGAAAUCUGGUUGGUACCAGAUAGCCACAUUUUAACUAAUUGGAUGAACAUUUCUACCUGACAAGCUCAGAUGUUGAUGCUUUCUGUAACGUGCAUACCCCAUGGAUGAGCAAAUUAAAUCAUUCAUCAGCAGUUUGCCACAAGAUACAUUUUGAUCCUCUGUUAUUUACAAGCUGAGCCUGCAAAUGAGUGCAGUGUUGGGUGCUUUCUAUUACAAUAUUUUCUAAAAAUUUGUAUUAAAAUACAGUUGACUUUCCUAGGGCAGCUUAAAAUAAAUCAAUAGCAAAAGCAGGGUGGGGCUCAAGACUGAUUUAUAGCAUUCUAAGUUCAAGAUGGUAUGAUAUCCAUUCUUCUCAAAUGCUCUUUGUCUUUUUUCAACUUUCUUUAUUUGGGCACUCUUCCUGUUGGGGUUUUUGUCAGUUUUCAUUCCUUGCAGAAGGGCUGCUUUGGCAACAUGCAGAUUUACUUGGAAGCACCAUGGUCCACCACCAGGCAUUUUAAAUCUUGAAGAUGCUUUUGAUAAGGAAUGCUAAAUAGCUGGUGAACUAGAGAGAGGCUAACAUGAUUGUUUGUACCCUCUUUUUUGUUGUUCUGUGUUGCAUUGACAAGGCUUGAAGUAG